AUGCAAGCGCUCAGAAAAACGUCGUCGUUGCCUAAGACUUUAAAAACAUUGCUACUAAGCUUGGCUGUGUCUGAUCUGGGUGUAGGCUUACUUGUCCAUCCACUGUAUGUUGCAACUCUUGUGAUAGAAAAAAACAGUACUGCUUAUUCUACAGUAGAGUUAGCGCGUUCAAUCCAGGCAAAAAUAUUGGUCUUUGCUUCGAAUUUUGGUGUUUUUGCAAUAGCUGUGGACAGAUUCUUGGCCAUUCAGCUUCAUCUCAGAUAUCAGGAGCUUGUGACUCACAAACGAGUUGUUGCUGUUGUGAUCUCACUCUGGGUGUUUAGUGCAGCAAUUUCCUUUCCAAGUCAUCCUAUUAUGCGAGCGGUCAUUGUAGUUGUUUGUGUCACAACUACAGGAUUGCUUUAUUGCAAGAUAUACGCUUCCGUCAGACACCACACAAAUCAGAUUCACGCUCUGCAAGUGCAACGGGCGACACAGAAUGAAGAUAUGGCAAAUGCCGCAAGGCUGAAAAAAUCUUCACUGGCUACAUUCUACGUUUAUUUCGUGUACUUAGUUUGCUAUUUGCCACUUUCUUGUUAUCUUUUUGCUAAGACCGUCAACGCUGAAACUCCCUUGUUAUCUCAUUUAUUGUAUUUCACAAGGACACUUGUGUUUCUCAAUUCAUCCCUCAAUCCCUUGAUCUACUGCUGGAAGAUGAGACACAUUCGACAAACUGUUAUGGAUAUACUUCGAGAUAUUUUCGCGAUUUGUCCCCGCUAAAGAAAGGAUCUAACUGAGAAUAACUUAAUCGGCUUUUUUCUCUCUGAGUGGGGAAAAAAUUAGCUUUCCAGCAAUACUAUUGGAAAAAUGACACUAAAUAUAAAAGGGAACUGAAACCUUCUUGAGGGGGGCAUUGGGAUUUUCGGUUUUGCGGUUUUGGCUAUUUUUUAGAUCGGUUUUUCGGUUUUUGUUGCAAAAGAGUUCGGUUUUUCGGUUUUGGUGGUCAUUGCGGUUUGUGGAUUUUUCGUUUUUCAGCAUCUGGUUUUCAGUUUUCGUGAAAAAUACUAGCGGUUUUUCGGUUUUGGUACCCGAUGUGGUUUUUGGUUUUUGGAAGGGCAGUGAGGUUCAAUAAUCGACUGCUUUUUUGAGUAUCUGUUUAUUACCACAUUAAACCUUAGAGCAAGUUCCUGCUGCCAUGUAAAACUGAAAAGGAACUAAUUGUACCGGUUAGCUUCCUCAGUGUCGACUCAGCUCAGUGCAAUCGCAUGUUAGACAAUCGAGUCUCCAAACUUUCAGGUGUUAGUUAUCAAAUGGAAAUGUUCGAUUAGAGAUUUUCGAUUGAAGUUUCCAGGGCUAUAGCUUUUUACGACGGCAAAAUUGCAAUUCUAAAGAGGACUUGUGUGCAAAUUCUCCUAAGUUAACUAGGCUCCAUAACUAGCGGCUUUUCGGAAAUUGAGCCGCAAAGUCUGGGCUCGAGAGAGCGGAAGAAACAAAGCCUAUGAUUAAGUAGACACAAAAAGAUACGAAGGCUUCAGACAAAGGCCAUGACAUUCACAAAUACUUUGGUGAAAUUAGAGUUAGUUUAGUUUGCUCUGUAUGCCCGACUUGUCACCACUGUAUCGGUUUUUGACGGUUUUGUAUGCGGUUUUCGGUUUUGGCCGAAUUUUUUUGCGGUUUUGCGGUUUUGGAUGAUUUUUUUCUUCGGUUUUGCGGUUUCUAAUAUACCCCAAUGCCUCCCUUCUUCUUGUACUCCCUGUUUGAAGGCCAAGGUAUAAAUAUAUGAUCGAGUGAGUAUGAGAUUUCAGUUUGCUUUGAAAUAAUUAACAAAUAACGGGAAACUUCGAAAGUAUUAUUUAUCAAAGUCAGAAAGAGGGCGAAAAGAAAAAGCUGGGUGGUUUAGGACGAAUGACGAGUGACGUGAUAAAUAGAGGGCCGAGUUUCCAAAUUUUCAUGGGCAAAAAGUUCUGUGUGCAGUAAAGUGUCUUAAAAAGUUUACUAGAUUUUGUUAACCAUAGUGCAUGUAAUAAAGAAAACUAACUAAAGAGGAGAGAGAUCAAAACUCUGUCAAUAAAUCUUCCAUACUGAAUGUGCCAAGAGUGGCGAAACGAUUUACCGAUAUAACAACAACAACAACACACAAUAAUAAUUAUUAUUAUUAAAAUAAAAAUAAUAAGAAUAAUGCUAAUAAGAAUAAUAAUGAUAAGGAGAACAACACAGCCUAUACUAUUUGUUGAGAGAGAAGAAAACUAGUAGUUUAUACUGUUGAGAAUAUGUAUUACAAUACUUGUAAUUGGUUCACAUCAAUAAAGUUCACGUGAAAAAGUUAAAAUGUUUUGAAGAAUGGUAAAAAUAUACCAUUUAAUCAGGGUUUUUUUUUAAUUUGUCGAGUCCAGAAAUUACUGAAUAAGAUCACAACAUUUGAAAGUUUCAGACUGGGGGAGAAAGAGCUCUUCUCACAGCGCAACCGAUUGGAACAAAUGAUCGAUAGCUAAAUGACAUCAUAAUACUAAAAUACCAUAUUACGGAACCAGAAAGCAGUCAUAAUAUGGCUCUAGUAUCAAGCAAAGAGCUUCUUGCUCUCAGAGAUUAAAAACUUAAAACCAUAAUGUUUGACGAAGCAAUUAAGUAUAAGGCCCAGGGUUGAGCCUAAGUACACAGUUUCCUCAUGUCCCUGUUCAACGUCUUGCAAGCAACUCUCGGUACGUGGGUUUACAAUAGAGUUAAAACCUUGUACGAGACCGUACUUAAUAGGGCCAUUUAUACGAGGAAAAGUAAGACGCGUCUUAUUUUAGAACAGCCCUUAACACCAGUUCUUAGAUAAGACGCGUCUUACCUAAGACGAGAAAAACUUCGUAUAAAUGACCUUCGCGUCUUAAAUAAGACGCGAACGCAUAGUACGCAUGCGUUGAUUUUUGGCGCGCUACUUCGGAUUGGAGUUGCUACGGGCAACAUUCACAUGAAAACGAGUCAAGAACAGAAAUAAGACGCGAACCAUUUAUACGAGCUGUUCUCGUCUUAGAUAAGACAUGCUCGUAUAAAUGGUACAGUUCGCGUCUUAUUUAAGACGCGUCUUAUGUAAGACGCGUCUUAUUUUUCCUCGUAUAAAUGGCCCUAAUGUUUCUAUAGGCAUUUAGAAAGAGCGAGUCCAAAAAGUAAUUAUUGUAACAAACGAUGUAUAACAGAAGAAAAGUAACAACGUGAAAAUGAAAAAAACAAAUGACAAAAAUCGUAUUUUUCCACUAUUCUUAAACUAACAUGUGUUCUCUCCGACACGUUAAUUUUCCUGUUCGGUGGUUGCGAGAGCUCUUUCAUAAUCAUGAAAGUUCUUCCACAAUUUCUGUUUCAAGGGAGGGAGGGAAGAAAGGUAUGCUCUUGUUAUUUAGCAACUUUUAACCUCAAAGAAAAAUACAAUACAUGCACACUUCAUACACACUGAAGUUUUUUUUUUUAUUUUGGCCUACAAUGUAACUUCUAGGUUUAACACCCUAGCAAGUAGCGUUUUUUUAAUGGGUAAUAAAUUUUCUAUCUAGACUCCUCCCUGUGACUCGUCAUAGAUCGUUGUUUAUCAAAAGGUCUGCCCCAUAUUUUUUGUUUGGGUCCAGUAAAUACAUUGGAUUGGUCUCCGACUUGAAAGUCGAUUUUUCCUAUAAACCAUCGUUUAACUCUUUCUUUGUGUAUGACUUUGUAUUAGCGAUUGAUUGCAACCAGCUGCUGUUAAUAGAGCAUUUUCGUGUGACCUUAAAACGAAAACGAAUUUAUUAUAAUUAAAAUUUUUUCGUUUUUUUAUAGUUUUUACUUGAGUUCAGCAAACAAGAAAAAAAAACAAAAAACCUUAUUGAGUUAUCUCCAAAAUUGAACAUUACAGUUGGACAGAUUGUGAAAACUAAAGUCCGGGUAAAUUUAAAACAUAAUAAAAUCAUUUUUAAUCACUUUUUAUCUUGUAUAGUAAUACUACUUUGCAAUGACGAAUAAGUAUGCCAAAAGAAUAUAAUGCACUGCCCUUGAAAAACUAACAAAGAGGUUGCAAGAACACAAAUAAGUAGCCCAGCAAAUAUUUUUGUUUGACGAUAACAACUUUUGGUAAUGAAAUGGUCACUGAAAACUACCCAUGCAAGACAUACUAAGGAACUUAAAAGAAACUAAACAUUCACAAGUCUUACAUUGAAACAAGACAUUGCUAUAUAUAUAUCUUACAGAAACAACAUAAAACAUUUAUAUAACAUACAAAUUCAAAAGAAUAUUGCAAACAAGAAAAUUAUACAUAAUUAUGCACAAAUGAAAUGCAAAUGGCCUGUAACAGCCAUUAAACCAUUGAAAAACAAACUUUUUAGUGUGACCAGCAACCCUAGCACACUUGUAUACUUCAUGUCCAGUAUGAUUUAAGUUCAUUCUUGGUUAAAUUUAUUAACUGCAGCCAGGCUUAAAGGGAACCUCCACUCUUACUACAGUAUAAGUUUAAAUCGAUUAAAAUUAUGUUGAUAAACAAAUUUGUUCGAAAUUUGUCCUUAAAAAAAAGUGUUUAUAUCAGGAAAAGUGAAUUUUAAAAUCGCUUAUUUUCACUUUCAAAUUUCGCGGGCGCCGCCAUCUUGAAUAAUUGUGACGUGUUACGGUUGCUCUAUAGUUCUGACACAAAGAGCUUUUGUUUAAUAGCAAUAGGGCAACCGUAACACUUCACAAUUAUUCAAGAUGGCGACGCCCGCAAAAUUUGAAAACAAAAAUAGGCGAAUCUAAAAGUUAUUUCUUUCGGAUACAAACGCUUUCUUUAAAAAUAUUUUAGAUUGACUUGACUGUAACAGUUAUUUCCUGUGAUUUAAAGUUAUCUUUUUGUUGAAGUGGAGGUUCCCUUUAAUCAAACUUCAGGCAAAAUUACUUUCCUGUUUCCUUGUCUACAAUAUAUAAUAUUAAGAGGGAGAAUAUAACGCUAGAAAUAUUAUACAGUAGUACAAUCAAAAGAUAAGGCACCUCCAGGAAAUCGAGUUGGUCCCUACUAUUCUUCAGCCAUUUUCUUUUACUCUCUAUAAGAGUUACACCUGUCCAUUAAUACAGACAUUUUGUGCCAGUCCCAAUAGUUUCCAUCUGAGAACUGACUGUAGUUUGUGCAACACCACACUUAAGCCUCUGACGACAAAAAUACAAUGUUACACAGCAGUCUUAAUUUAUUCUACUUGCAAUCAAAUUAAGACCUCUUCAUGCUCUUCUUCAUAUUCACGGUAUUAUGAACUCGUUUAUCUUUCAGUGUGUGUUCUGACUAGUAGUCUUUUCAGGCGGGCACUCAUUGUUGUCCUGCAAAAAAUCAUUAUAAUAACAAAUAAACACAUUAUAUGAUUUAAUUUUACAGACGAAUCUUUGUGGGGAUUUGAAAGCAAAUUUCUCCAUAGGCUUCUUUCUGUUUCUGUAUAAUACAACCUUUAGAUUUAUACCGCAGUGGAGCAGAAUUUGUUGUUGUUCAUGUACAGACUGUCACACGAGAUCAUUCGAAUGCAAUUUUCUAGUAGAACUUUAAAAAUAGUCAGAACCUUCUUGGAUCGCGGUUCUGUAACUAAAAAAAAUUAUUUACCAUCUUAGUGUAUCUAAAAAAAAGAAAAACCGCUGAAUUGGGCAAAUGAAAUCUUUUAUUUUACUAACAGGCUAAACGUCGACUUACAAAACAAAAACCUUGCCAUCGCCAUUAUGAAGUCGUCACUUCAGAAGUAAAAGAACCUUAAAGGUUCAUAAAAGUUCACUCUAAAAAGUUGCAUGCACAAACAAAAGUUAUAAAACCAUUUUUUGUAGCCGUUUAUUAUCAUUUGGUUUUGACUGGCAGGAUAAAACGUGACAUGUUCAACGAUUCGAUAGGCCAUUUUGACACUACAUAAACAUAAAAGGCGAGGAAACACCUUAACUUAUAAGACUUACUGUAAAAUAUCACCUAACUAGUUUCUGUAUAUCGCAUAGAAAUACGCCAAAUAUCAAAUCUAAUUAUAGAUUGUAGCGAUCUAAAGAUAUAAAGCAAAAACUCCGAACCUACCUCCAGCUCGGCGCCAUUUUUCUUGCCCUGACAGCGGUAACACUUGACAGCGGUCGAGAGCGGAAAGGCCAACUAGUUCCAGUCCUACUCCGCAUCAUAGCUGCAUGAACACAAACCAGAUUCGCGCUCUGCAAGUACCUGAACAAGUAGCUCAGAAUGGAGACAUGGCAAAUGCCGCAAGGCUGAGAAAAACUGCUGUUGCUACAUUUCACAUGUAUAUCUUGUUUUUAAUUUUUCAUAUUUAUAGUUUGUUCAAAAAAUAUAUAAACUCGUGUAAUGCGAAGCUACGAAGGCAACGCCGAAGAACGGUAAAAAACAGCAAUAGGUCUAAUUAGCAAAAAAGCAACUUUGCACGUGCAGCACACUUUUUUGUACAUUUCUUUGCCGUUGUGUUGCACUACUACAACGUGAAACUUUCACAAACUUCUUAGGGAUGCACCAUUAGAAAUGUGAAGGGGGGUAGGACUUUCUGGAAAGGCAUGUUAUUUUUUUCACAACCAGCAGGAGUGCAGGAUUUUUUUUUUCAACCUUCAAACCCUUGCACGAUUUUUUUUUUUUUUUCAAAAUGACUAUGCCCUCUUUUGGUCUUGUUUUACUAGACUGUUUCAACCGCGCAAAUGUUUUUUGUUGUAGUGUUCCAACAGAACACGUUUGUUUUAAGUAUAUUUUUUCAUACUAAUUGAGAUUUUCUAUUGAAAUUUGGCGUGUGAAAACCCUGUUCAGUGUUCGCAGCCAAUCAGAAUGGCGAAACGACUUUCACACACGUGAAAAAAAGCGUUUCGUCCAGUCACAGAUGUUUAGUACAUAAUGUAAUAGGACACCUAAACACGUGCAGUGUUAGACAUGGACUUUUUUCGCAUUGUAUGUCAGAUAAAUCUCUCUCGCUUUCUGGAUCUCACUCGCAAAGCCUUGCUCGUUCAAUUUCUGAUGCGAACCAACUCGUGCGUAAAUACCGUACGCCCGCGCUGCCCAUGAAGUAAUCUAUACGUUCAAACGUCCGAACUGAGUUCAGUGGCAGUUGAAACAGCUACACAAGCAGAUCAAACGGUGUUUUACCCAAAGUAAACAAAAAAUUCCAACCAACCAAAAAGAGUUAAUACAAAUAGAACAUAGCCUUUAAAAUAGUAAUUUGUGAAAUGUAUGUUGUGUCCUCGCUUUGAAUGAGAAGUUUGUACAUUUCUAGGAAAUAAUAAACUUGCGUGCAAGUGGAACUAUUGACGUUGUUAACACAAUCUCACUUUAAUCCCAUUAAAACAAAAGUAUUUCAAUAAAAAAGUUUAUUUAAUUUAUAAAGUUAAACAAUUAUCACCACAGUCUCUUAAUUUAAUACUAUGGCAGCUAUAGAGAUCAAGGGCAUCAGAGUUGGUUCAAAUUGAAAUCUCUAUUUAGCCAGUAGAAAUUGUUUUUUCUGCCUGAAAUGUAGUUUGACAUGAAUUUAGGAAGUUGGGGGAAGGGGAUUUCCUGUUACAGAUCACAGAUUUAUUUUUCAGACUGUGUAAUAUAUUGUCGCAGUCACAUUGGUUAUCCAAGCAGGAUAUUUUUUUCUGGUUUCGUUGCAAUGCAGGAUUUUUUUUUCUUAAAAUUUUGUUUUGCAGGAUUUUUGUUUUUGUUUUUGGACUCCCCCCCCCUUCACAUUUCUAAUGGUGCAUCCCUUAGUUACGCGCUUUAUGGGGGAAAUGUCGUACGUGUUCUCGCUCACUUUUUUUUCACUGCCGCUCAUUUUCACAUUGCAUUGGUGGCCGCUAGCAUUUCUCAUUUUCUCACCGCAGCUACAAAAUUGUCAUGUUGUUCUUGUAACAAAAAACUUUCUCCUUUUUUGUUUAUCUCUCGCUCUAGAUCUCUGUCGCCCUUUUUCUCGUUGAGCUUCGCUGGCGUGCCGCCUAGUUUCUCUUUUUUUUCUGUCUUUCACUUCCUCUAUUUUCCAAUUUUUUGAGAAAGACAGUUCAAUUAAUCUAAGCUUUUAAGCUUAGAUUUAUUGUCAUGUCCAAAAAUUUGGAGAAGUAUUACAAUACUUCAGACAACACGGAUACAGAAACAAUUUCUGCUUUCCGUUUUCGUCUUUAUUGACUCUUUAGUUGUCUCUGCUUUACAACACUUGAGUGGCUAUGCGAUUUUCCGCUCAAAUAACCUCGAGUUCCAUUUGGGUUACCAUACCUGUUGAUUGACUUAUUUUACAUUAGUAUGCCUGUGGUGCGGACAGACGGUCAGUUGCUCGGUCGGGCGGUGUACGGUCACUUGAUUACCCAAUUUUUUAGGAUGGGUAGAUUUACUUAGCUAUGGAGCUCCGCUACGAACAGAGUUAAUUUACACGUUCAGGGAUGGUUUAAACUUUGGAGAAGGUAUCCUUAAUAUACAGGUAGCUACAACUGCAUUAAUACAGGUUUCAAUGUAUUUCUCUGAUGCACAGAUAACCAAAUUUUCUUACCCACGGUGCACCGCUGCGCGCGCGAGAGCUUUGCCAAAAAUGUUUGUGGUGAACCAAGACGUUCAAAACGCCAAAAUAGAUUUAUGCCACGCGGCAGCCAUUUUGUCUCAGGAGAUUUAAAAAGCUUUGUUUAUGCACAGCAAGCCUCGUAGAGAGAACGAGGCUUUUUAACAAAGCUUUUUAAAUCUCCUGAAACAAAAUGACCGCCGUGGGACAAAGGUCCAUUGCCUAAUUCCUUUGUAUCGCGUAUCGUCUGUCUGGCCUGGGGGUUAAUUAGUCCCUCUAAUUAUAAUGACCAAUGCGGGGAGGCUCAGCCCGAAAAGGGUACCUUUUUCACGCCUCAGGUAUAUGAAAGGGUAGGGAUUUCACUAGUUGAAGUAAAUGAAACUGUAGGUAGAUUUGUCAUUUCGGUCCGUAACAAGGCCCAACACAACUGAAAGAUGCAUUAUGUCUGUGAGAGAGUCGGCGCGAGAAAACUUUCUGGCUUUCAGAUUUUUUCACAUGAAAAGACACUCCAUUUACAGCAGUUCGAAGGGAUACAAAGUUCUGAACUAGGUAUGUGAAAGGGGUACCAUUUAUCAAUAGAAGGCAGACGAAAGGGGUACUGUUGAAGUGACAAAUGAAAUAAUUGAUUACAAAUGUUGUAAAAAUUGGCCACAAAUGUAAUAGAAACCUAAAAUGCUAUCAAAACCGUAUAUUACUCGAAAGAGUACCGCUUUAAAUUAAAGUCCGCGGCACCCUUUCGAAAAACACAACUCUAUUGCCGUGAUUUAAUCCAAAGAGCGCAGCCCUCAAAUAACUUUCGCAACUUAAAGUCGAAAAACAAUAAGCGCCGUGGCGCUCUUUCCAGUAAACAGAAUUUAAUACACUGUUCUUGCGCCCGCUCGCUCGCUGUCCGGACGAGAAACAUUGUUUUACUUGCCCUGACCGUAUCAGCAAAUCGGGACUAGUGUGCGAGAAUUUGCAUCAUAUAUUGGGAGUGUCACGUGGACAAACUAAAAGCAAGGGGUAACUCCUGAUCUGCCUUCCCCGCGUACGCAUGGGAGAACUGCCUUGCGGUUCUCAGCCAGCAGCUCCCAAGAUUGGCUCAAUGACCAAAAUAGUGUUUCCUCAAGAUCAACACGGAUACAAACUGGAAAAUAUGAAAUCUGCGGCGUUCCCACAUGCACAUGUUACAGUUACAAAUCUUAAAACUAAAAGACUGGUAUAUAACAACUAAAUAUUACAGAUUGGACCAUAACGAUUACAGUAGAUUAAAACAGAAAAGAAUAACACAGCAGUUCACACAAUAGCAUUAGACCUGUUAAUUUUUCGAAAUCAUACCUUCAACUGAUUCUAGCCUUAAAUUCAUCCAGAGCUAAAUCUUUAGGUGCUAACUUAUUCAUGUACAAGUAAUUCUUAGCAAUCAGAAGAGUAAAAUCGAGCCUUUUGACAAUUUCCAAUUAAUCAUUUCUAUCUUUUAAAAAGCUCAAAGUACUAUUUCUUUUGACGCGAUUUCUCAAACCCCGAACUUUGAGUGACAAGAUGAAGUGUUUACCUUGUACCGUUACUGUAAGAUAAUGCCAUAGGGAAAAAACACUAAAAGAGAAUCUGUUAAUUAAGUGGUCGAUAAUCAGGAGAAUAGCUACCAAGAGGAUAUAAGUACAACUUAGUGCCGGAUACAGACCUUGAAAUAAGGGGAGUGGGGGAAGGGCGGUCAUCCAGACCCUUAGAUAAGAGGAGCCCAGUCUCCGAAAAAAGUUUUUUUUGGCCCUUUGGGCCUCAGUUUGGUCUAAAAAUAAGACAAGGGGAGGCCGGGCCCCCUGGGCCCGUUCCCUGGAUCUGCCACUGCAACUUCAGACAAACAAAUUUCAAUGAUUUUUCAAGGACAAAUUACAGUUUUUAAGGACUAAGAUUUUUUAAUAAAUCAGCAUUCUUUAACCCCCUUUGAUCACUUUAUUGGCUUUAGCUCUGUUGCCGACGUCAUUAAAGACUUUAAAAUUUAGUAGGACUUGACUUUGUUGUUGGUUUUUCUCUCUUCUCAGUCUGGAUACACUUUCUCUCUCUAAAAAUUCGGGGUGGAAAAAACCCCGUGUUGCAUUUGCCAUACCUGUUGAUUGAGUUAUUUUACAUUGGUAUGCCUUUGGUGCGGAAGGGUGUGCGUACGCUCACGUGAUUAUUAAUGCACAGUGAACCAAAAUUCUUACCCAUGGUGCACUGCUGCGUGCGCGAGAGCUUCGCAAAAAAGGUUUGUGGUGAACCAAGACGUCCAAAACGCCAAAAUAGAUUUUUGUCACGCGGCAGCCAUUUUGUCUCGCGAGACUUAAAAAGCUUUCUUUAUGCACAGCUAGCCUCGUAGAACUUUAACCUUCUGUUGGGGCAUGAAGAUUUUCAGAGGUUUCAAGGAAAUUUUUUGCCUGAUCUGAAUUUGUCUGCAAGAAAAAUAUUAAAAUGUUAAGCGACUAUCCGCAGAGCAAAAGUUACGGAAUCAUAGCUUUCAACCUUAAACGUUGUUUCAAUGAACAUAAUUUAAUAUCUAUUGCGAGCGUAAAGUCACGGCAUUGCUCAAGCACUUUACAACUGCAAAAUAUAUUCAAGUCUUCAGCCUCGCCGACGCCUAUUUCCCUUUCGUAAACAAUCGUUGCCAUUUACAACACGCGAUACCACCAUGUUGGUAACCAAGCCUUUUGUCAUGAUGUAAUAUGUUCCCUGGAUUAACUUACAAUAAGAACGCUCUUAAAAGGACGAGUCUCGCUUGCUUGGAGAUUAGAUAACAGAUAAGGAGGCGAUUAAUUCUACGCAAAGCAGGAUUUCUUCGCUAAAAGGUUUCACUUCCCGCUUUAUCGACGGUCGAGUAUUCUUCAGAAUAUUUGACAAAUUCAGAAUAUUUAAUGAAUAUUUUCUUCAGAAUAUACGCGUGUACAAAUACAAAUCAUUGCUAGAAAGUAAAAACAUAAUGAACAUGGCGUGUCAUUUCAGUCAUCGCCAAAAAUAAACCGCAUGCUCAUCACGAGACUCGUUUUCAUACAAUGAAAGUUAACAACGCCCGACCAGUUUAUAGCUUUUCCAUCAAAGUUUUCAGUGAAGGAUUCACUUGUUCCAAAGUAAUCAACGCUUUCAAGCAACAGAAUUCGUGGACCGACCCGUUCCCGAAAGUUCGACAUCUCUGCAUCAAUCUUUCCUAAGCUUUCUUCACAAAAUAGAGCAUGGCGUUGUGACAGGUAGCAAUUUCCAUCCUCAGUUUCCACGAUCUCCACUAGUAACGCCUGGGACCAUGAUUCCCCUUUUGGCGCGCACACAAGCGAGACUAACUACCUACCUUUCUGAUCUAUGUUUUAAAAGCUUAGCUAAUAUUUUUUUUUUCCGGGGAACAAGUUCCUUAUCUCAACUCAAAAGACUCCUCGUUUGUCACAGUUACUAAAACAAAAGGGCAUUAUCAAUCAUUUGCCCCAGUCCGUCUUGUGACGAAACACUUAAUGAAACUGGUAUUCCAACCAUUAUUUCAUAUUGCGAGGACAUAUGUGACAAGGUUUUUAACGCUGCCCUCUGCAACAAGGAUAACAAACUUAACAAGUUAUUAACUGAAGCCAAUAAGGCUCCAUAUUUACUAAGAAAUCACCGAUACUUUGCACUUCCAAAGUGGAAAACGGACCGUUUUAAGAACACUUUUAUUUUGUCAUCGUGCUUAAUUAAAGUACAAUUAAAUGAUUCGGUUUGAAUGCCUUUAUAUAUUAUAUGCAUGAAUUUUUGAUAUAUUUAAUAUUGAUGUAUGGUAAAUUAUUUUAUUUUUAGCUUAGUUUUAUUCGUAAAUACGCAAUUUAGUCUCUGGCUGCCAGCGUAUUUAUUUUUGAAUAAUGGGCGUUUGUUUCGCUUAAGUCCAGCAAACAUAUAGGAUUGGUCUCAGACCUAAUAGUCCGCGCUUCCUCUAAACGAUCGUCUAACUCUUUCCUGUUUGACUUUCUCUUUACGAUUCACCGCAAACCAGCUGCCAUUUCUACUUUGAUAUCGCGGCAAUAGUUUCGCAUAACUUACUUCCAUUUGACUGACGAACUUUAUCCUAAUACAAUUAAAGAAUAAUACAAGAAUAUUUUCAGCCCAAAAUCGGCAGAGAAAAAUAAGAAUAUUCAGCCUAUGUCUUUUAAACUGAAGCUAUAUAAUACGACUUACAUCUUAUUAGCUGCUUUAAUUAUUAAGGAACAGAUGAUUUAUUAAGUAACUAGGGUGCUGUAUCUUUAGGCCGCCUCACACUCUUUAAGUCACCCGUGAACAUGCAAUUUAUCAAAAAAUGUGUUCAUGGGUCCAGCAAAUACUGUUGGAUUGGUUUGCGACGUAAAAAUUCCGUUUUCCUCUUAAGUCACGUCUCAGCUCGUUCUGUCUGACUGUACGUUUGCGAUUCAUAAUUGAAAACCAACUACCUUUUGCUUAUUUAAGAUUGCAUCAGUAGUUUCAUAUUACUUCCUUCCUUUUUAACUGACGAACUUCAACAUUUAUACGACCUAUUGCGUUUCGCUUGAAAGAAAAUUAAUACUUAUUACUGUGUGAUGAUGACGUUACAUUUAAAGUUUUAAUUCCGGGUUCAGACAUGCAAAGUUUCAAUUUCAAGCAAGGUGAGAGUUUGGAUAUUGUGAGCACGACUUAGAGACUUUUUUUAAUAACUCAACAGUACUCAGUUAAAAACCAAUCGCCAUCGGAAGAGGAAGUCUGGAGAAUAUUCAGUAAGUCUCGCAAAGAGUAAUUUCCAGCGUCAGUCUCGUGCAAAAAAAGAAAAAAAUUGCAGAGUUCCUCAAAAGUACAGUUGCUGAAACUUAACACUGUAUAUAACGCUCCAUUCAAUGGUGGAAGCAGAAGGUCAGUCUCAUUCAAAAACGGAUGAAACCUAGAAAGCAAUGAAAUUCAGAUCUUUGCAUAUUAUAGAAACUGAACGCUGAUUAGGGUUAUGUAAAAAAAAAAAAAAAAAAAGAUGGCAAGUGCUGAAGGCUUGAGUUUGACAUUUGUUUUCUUCAACGCCUUCUUGUCUUUCACCGGCAUCGUAUUAAACAUCAUAACCAUGCAAGCGCUCAGAAAAACGUCGUCGUUGCCUACGACUUUAAAAACAUUGCUACUAAGCCUGGCUGUGUCUGAUCUGGGUGUAGGCUUACUUGUCGAACCACUGUAUGUUGCACUUCUUGUGAUGGAAAAAAACAGUGCUGCUUAUUCUACAGUAAAGUUAGCGCGUUCAAUCCAGGCAAGAAUAUUGGUCUUUGCCUCGAAUUUUGGUGUUUUUGCAUUAGCUGUGGACAGGUUCUUGGCCAUUCAACUUCAUCUCAGAUAUCAGGAGCUUGUGACUCACAAACGUGUUGUUGCUGUUGUGAUCUCAUUCUGGGUGUUUAGUGCAUCAAUUUCCUUUCCGAGUCAUGCUAUUAUGCGAGCGGUCAUUUUCGUUUUUUGUGUCAUAACUACAGGAUUGCUUUAUUGCAAGAUAUACGCUUCCGUCAGACACCACACAAAAAAGAUGCACGCUCUGCAAGUUCGACAGGCGACACAGAAUGAAGAUAUGGCAAAUGCCGCAAGGCUGAAAAAAUCUUCACUGCCUCAUUCUACGUUUAUUUCGCGUACUUAG